AUGGUCUUCGUCAUCCUCUUCGACUGCACCCUGCAUGUCCCUCUCUACCACAACUGGGGCAGCGACUUGUUCGAGGCAUGUCCAAGCUGCGUUCGCGCACACGAGCUGAGAACAUGCGACGGAGAGACCGCGGUCCGCUUUGAGAUCUGUCAGAAGCAUGAGGAUGCAGCCAAAGACCCCUUCUUCGACGACAGCAUGCUCAAUGAAAUCCGCACACUCACCCACCCACUCCACUCCCCGGUGCAGAACUUCCCCGUCAAUGCGGCCGGCGAGACCGCGACCUGUGUACAGGAGCUCAGAAAGAAAGUCAAAGAAACGGUCAAUUACAUGGACCACCAGCGCGGGCCGCGCAAGGUUAUAUAUUCGGAAUUCGACCUGACGCCGCUCCCGACGUUCACGUACGCGCACGCCAAGGGAUGUAUCCACUCGGACGAACCGGCCGUGGUGCUCAAGUCCAGGGCCGAUGUGCGCCGCAUGGACGAGGACGCGAAGGAGACGCUGGCGCGCAUCAACGCCCUUCUAGGUGCCGGGGUUGAUCAUGACUUGAGUGCCUACUCCGACGGCGAGUCUACGGCCAGUGUCUCGGUGGCGGGGGGUUCAACUCGUAGCGUCGACGGCGAGGGAGCUGUGGCGCCAGACCACCCAGGAUCACCACCGACCAUGUUCGUCAGCGCGGCGGCAUCUCCAGAGUCAGAUGAAGAACUGUCACUCGAGGAAGCAGAGGAAGAACGACGCAUGGCAUGGGCUAGAGAGAACAAAGCGCGGUCGCGGCUUCGAGGUAUUAAGAAGCGAUUGGAAGAAUGUCUCGCGACCAGCUCCCUCGCCAAGGCCGUCUACUUCAAACGCUGUAAUCGUCAAUGGGUCAGUGCGUUGGGCGGCGUUCUCCUAGAUGACGGACACAGACAGGAGGAGAUUGAGGCCGGGCCGGAGGCAGAGGCCAAUACCAAGACCGAUCCACCGCUCCGACAGUGUCAUGACGAGGACGAGAACGAGAACGACAACCGAGACGAGAAAUCCGUAUUGAGCACAUUCACGGCGUUGACAUUGAAUACGACAAUCAACACAUACAUCAACAACAGCGACCUCACGCCGUCGACAACCGCCACGUCCGUGUCCAAUAGCACGACUCCGAACGUCGUCGAGUGCAAUGCCAACUCCGGCGGCGGCGGCGGCGACGGCUUUCAAGUCGACAUCGAUACGGACACCUCACUCGCCAGCUCCGGCUACGCGGUGAUCGACCCUGCAGACUUGCUCUCCCUGGGCGACUACGCCUCAAAGCUCGAUUCAUCAUCGUCGUCCCCAUCGUUGUCGCUUACGAAGCAGGUCUCCAAAGGCUGUCUUGCCGAUCUGAACCGCCACAACCUUGUGUUCUCCCCGCGGUUCGAAUACCGAACAUGCAUGCUCAUGGCGAGGGAAGAGUUGGUGCGGAUCGGCCAGGUCAGCGAAACAGACUUGGCCCUCACGAGCUGGGGAUAUAAUCGGCUCGUGAAGAAGCAGGCCAAAGCCCACGAGGAAGAGGUGAAGGCAAACCGGGGCGUCGUCAGCGGAGAUGGAGCACGUGCGGCGUAA